CGUGUGGACCGGGACUACGUGGCGCAGGCGGCAGAGCUGGCGCGGGCAGGGGGCUGCAAACACUUUGUCCUGCAGUCCUCCCAGGGGGCAAACCGGGACAGCCGCUUCCUCUACCUCCGCGUGAAGGGAGAAGUGGAGAAGCUGGUCCAGGCUGUUGGUUUUGAUCGCUGUACCAUUCUCCGGCCAGCGGUGCUGUUGUGCAAGCGCCAGGAGUCCCGGCCCACGGAGUGGAUGGCCCAGCAGUUUCUGGGUGUUGUGGCUCGGGUCUUCCCCACUGCUUACUCAGUGCCUGUGGAAACGGUGGCCAGGGCUAUGGUGGCCAGCGUGCUGCGGCCAGGUGAGGGGAAGGUGGAGGUGCUGGAGAACAAGGCCAUCCAUGAGCUGGGAAAGGCAGUGCCACAGCAGGGCACAUAG